UGGCUUCACAUUUCCUCUCAGAGCCAGACAGAGUUAUAAACAAACAUGCAGCCUGCUUCAUUUAUAUGACUCCAUGUCUUGUUGGUUCAUAUGACAUGAGCACGCUUCUAUUAUGGAGUCUCAGACCGGGAGAAAAAGUGCCAGAAGACUCUCAAUGACCAAGAAAAAGAGCCAAAGUGUCUGUCCUAUUAAAGAAAGAACAAGUAAUGGAGGAGCUGCUUCCAUAACCUCAUUUUUCAGGAAUACACCACCAAGUAAACUUGCCUGUCCUCUGUGUGGCAAACUUGUACCUCGUUACAAGAUUAAUGAACACAUAGACUCCCAGUGUCAGAACUUUCUUGUGGAGGAUGACGGAAAGCAAAAGGAAAUCACCAAAGCACCUUCUAACAGUGCUUUAGCAUCAAAUAAUGAGAGAGAGAAAAGUCCUGGAGACAAAGAUGCUGAUACUAGUCCGUUUUUCAAAAAGAACUGUGCAGUGAGGAGAGAUUCAUCUGAAACAGAUUCACAAGCUAAACCGGUUAAGACUGUUGGUCUGGGAAGUUUAUCCUCUAAACUCUCUAGACGAGCACUUAGACUUUCAGAUGAGUCCGGAGUAAAUCUUACUCGCGUCUCAGAUAAUGAAAAGGAUCAUAAUGCAGACUUGAACAGAUCACAGAAGGAAAACUGCAUGAAUAGUUUAACUUUUGGGUCUGAAAGAAAUGGCACGGAUGCAGAUAAUAUAUUAGAAACAGAGCCAGAAGCUUCAAAUCAACCACAGCUUAAAAAUGUUGAGAAAUCUGCAUCAGAUUCAAGCAUAAGCAGUGAUGUUCACACAUCCUCAUCCAGUGUACUGAAGCGAAAGUCCAUGGAGAUACCUAAAAAUGACACAAACACUACAGAAACAUGUAUUGCACAUAAGAAAAGUAGAUUUUUUCAAAGCAGUAUUGAAAGAGGAGAUGAAUCUAAGGUCAAAUCAGAUCAAACUGAAGCUUCGUCUAGUGCAUAUGAUGUUCCAACAUCAAAGAGUCCAAUCAAAAGCAAAACCACACAGGAGGAGAUUGAGAAGGAGCUGAAUAAGACACCGGCUAAUGAACACAACAUGCUUGAUGUUGAGAAAGUGGGUGAGGGAUCAGAGCAGCAGCCCACCAGGUUGCCUUAUUAUCUGCGAAACUUUCGGACUGUCCUUGAGGCUGUGUUGGAGAAUGAGGAUGAUAGGAGGCUCUUCAAUGAAGACGACUUCUCAACAAUUCAGUCUUUUCAGCAGCUUUCAGUACCUGGUCAGAUGCUUUAUGUCCGUCUGUUUCAAAGGAAGCUGAAGUGGCUUCAGGUCUGUAAGGUGGAAUACACAGAGAUCAGCACAGAUCUCAGACCUGUCGUUCAAGAGCUUGUCGCAUGUGGCUUCCUACAGACAGAAUCUGAGCUUCAUGAUCUCCACGAAGUUUUGGAUCUGCUUCCGGCACCAGAGCUUAGAAACCUGGCCAAAACAUUUCACCUUGGCCGUGGAGGGAGUCAGAAACAGCAGUUGGUGGAGGGUUUGCUCCAGCUGGGGAAACAGCGAUCUCUCUUUGCUGGUCAAAACAACACAGCUGCAGUCAUUCUCAAGAGGGCUAAGCAGGCUGCAGGCUCCUGUGUGCGUCUGUGCCGCAGCUCUCGUGUUGUGUUUUCCCGGGUCCUGCUCCUCUUCACCCUCACAGACACUUUAGAGGAGGAGGAUUUGGCUUCUGGAGGGCAGGGGCAGCUCUACACCAUUCUGCUGGUCAAUUCUGGUCGUCUGGCUUUCCCAGAGUACACCGUACAUCGCUCAGCCAGACUCUUUAAGGACAGGGAUGACCUCAUCAGAUAUGAAACUGCGAUGCGUGCGCUUCAGGAAGUGAUUGCUGCAAUGCAGUCGGGCAGCUGGGAAGACGCCUAUGACCUCUAUACUACAGCAAUGGCCGCCUGGCAGGAGAUUAAAGAUUCCUGUGACUUAAAUCAUCAAGAACAGCUGCCUGUGUUUCUGCGCUGUUUCACUGUGGGCUGGACCUACACUCGCAUACUUUCUCGUGGAGUUGAGAUUUUGCAGAGACUUAAGCGCUACGAGGAUGCAGUAGAGCAGCUGAGAAAUCUCCUGUCUCAGUCGGUGUAUUGUGUAGACAGUAGGGGGCGCUGGUGGGACAGGCUUGCUCUCAAUCUCCAGCAACACCUGAAACAGCAUGAGCAGGCCAUCGGUGCUAUCCGGGAUGGACUGAAUGACCCUCUGGCCCGAACAGGACAUAAGUUGUCACUUUACCAGCGAGCUUCACGAAUGAAGGAGUCUGCUAGCUUGAAGAAGUAUCGUCUGUUGCUCCGGGAUCUGCCUACUGUCCACGUACAGGAUGUCACUCAUGUGACGAUUCGAGGCCAGCUCUUUCCUCAUGAGGGUGGUAUGGGUAAAUCAGUGUUCCUCCGAGCAGCCAGUGAGGAUGAAGGCUCUGGAGGAGGACAAGGGACUGUGUUGAUGUGUUCAGUUGAGGAUCUGGCUCUGGAGCACUACAGAACACUUGGAUUUGAUCAAGGUAUUCAUGGAGAAGGAUCUACAUUUUCCACCCUGUUUGGACUCCUCAUGUGGGACAUCAUUUUCAUGGACGGGGUUCCUGAUGUCUUCCUAAACCCCUACCAGACGUGUCCUCUGGAUUUGCACACGGAUUGUUUCUAUGGCAGUCGGCGGGAGGCCAUCGAGGCUCGUGCAGAGAUGUUGCGUGAGGCAUCUGUAGAGACACUGCAGGAUCUGAUCGCUGAUGUGUGGAGCACGCAGGAGGGAAGAGUGUGUGCGCUGAUAAACUGGGAGCGAUUCUCCACGCCUCAGCAGGCACAGAGUCUAGUGGCAUGCCUUGGUGGCCACUUCUUGAGUGGUGUGUUCCUCAGAAUGGCCAAAGACUACAGGCACUGCAGAGGAGGACUUCCAGAUCUGGUGGUCUGGAGUACUUCCAGCAACAAGUAUAAGCUGGUGGAAGUGAAGGGCCCUAAUGACCGUCUGUCCCAGAAGCAACAGAUAUGGCUGGAUGAGCUGCGUAAACUCGGGGCAGAUGUAGAAGUGUGUCACGUCACGGCUACUGGAGCACGAGGAGCUCGACGGGAGUGAAGCUGCUGUCACUCUCAGAAGGAAAGUUAGAAAUGCUUGAAGCAACACUGGAUGGAUUUAAUGAUGCAUUAAAGUUUGACCUCAAUUUGCCACUGAUCUGAUGUAAGAAAAGAAUAUUAAUAGGCACUCUAAGGGGAUUUAUUCCCCAUCUGAAGACUGUUAAAUUACCUCAUGGCGCUGAUUGACUGACUUUUAUUAUUGUGCUCAUUGUAAAGUGAGAAUAUAUUUGAAUGACUUUUUUAAUGUGACAUUUAUAGAAUAAAUCAUUUUAAAGAAAUUAAAUAAAAGCAUUUUAAAAGGUU